GACAAAAAAGAUGGAGAAAUCGAUCCAAGGUUUUGGGAUGUGUUGAUGAGUGCCGACAAGAAAGACUAUGAGAAAAUCUGUGCUGAGUUUGGAGUCACUAACUUCCGCUGGAUGCUGAAGACACUGAACGCGAAGAAGGUUGAGAGGGAGGAGGAUCAAGCAAAGUAUGUUGAAAACCUCAGCAAUCUGAAACACAUUGAAGUAAAACCUGGUGGAGGUGCAGAGUUUGAAUUUGAGAUGUCGCUUAAAGACCCCAACGUCAAGAUCUUCCUGUUCAAGGAUGGAGUAAUGGUUCCGUUCAGUGUUGAAACAGAAGAUAAGCAUUUUCUGAAGAAAACAGGAAGAAAAUUUACAUUUGGCAUUAAGGAUCUUGCUGGAGAUGAUGAAGGAUUGUACCAAGUGAUGGUAGAGGGGGUACUUAUCUUCUCAACUGACUUCAAAGUUCCCAUGGCGGAUUUCCUGGUCAAAAUUCAGGAAGUGAAGGCCACGGAGAGAGAGGAUGGCGUGUUUGAAUGUGUCCUGUCAUCCCCCAUGUCAAAGAUUCAAUGGACGGGGAAGAAUCAACCGUGUGAACAAGGGGAGAAGUUUGACAUUGAAGUGUCAGAGGACAUGCUCAUUCAUAGAUUGGUUGUGAAGGACUGUGCGAAACUGGAUGGUGGUAUCUAUUCAGUAUGUGCAGGGAUCAAGUCUUGCAAUGCCUUUCUUGUUGUGGAGGACCCAGGAGUGCACUUUACCAGUGGAUUGUCAGACAUCAGUGUUAAUAUGGGCAACAGAGGUGAACUGGAGUGUAAACUGAGCAGGGAAAACUGUGAAGGAAUCUGGUACAAAGAUGGAGAAGAGAUAGAAGCAUCAGAUGAUAUUGCGAUGACACAUGAUGGGGCCUUUCACAGGCUUAUACUGAAGAACUGCAAGGAGGAAGAUUCUGGCAAAUACCGAUUUGAAGCUGAUGGACGUAAAACAGAGUCCAUACUCGUUGUAGAGGAUCCACCCAGAGUAAACCCAGAUGACCUGGCUGAUUUCUCAAAGCCCGUCAUAAUAAAGGUUGGCCAGAGCGCUACCUUCAAACUGUCUUUUAUGGGUCGUGACCCAAUGAAGAUCUAUUGGUACAAUGAAGGUGAGGAGUUGGUGGAGGACAAACACAUCAACAUUGAGAAGUCGCUCACACACAGUCGCCUCCUCCUCAGCAAGUGCCAGCGGAAAGCCACAGGAGAAAUCAAGAUCAAGAUCAAAAAUGAAUGUGGAACCAUUGAGGGCAGAUCCAGGUUGAUUGUGCUGGCAUAUCCCGGACAACCUUCCUCACCCAAAGUGAUCAGUGCCUUUGCAAACUGCAUCAAUCUGGAAUGGGUUCCCCCUUCCAACACUGGAGGAACUAAUAUUCUAGGUUAUCACCUGGAGAAACGCAAGAAGGGCAGCAAUCUAUGGGGUUCAAUCAACAAUUUGAAAGAGCCAAUCAAAGGUCAAGGGAUUGCAGUCAAAGACGUUAUUGAGGGAAUAGAGUAUGAGUUCCGUGUUGCAGCUAUCAACAUAUCUGGUGCUGGAGAGCCAAGCACCCCCUCUGAAUUUGUUAUUGCAAGAGACCCAAAGAAGCCCCCCGGUCAAAUCAUUGACCUGAAGGUGACAGACUCCACCUACACCACCUUGUCCCUGGGUUGGACUAAACCCAUAGAGGAGGAAGGGGUCCAAGAUGAAGCCAAGGGAUACUUUGUGGAGAUCAGACCAGCAGCAAACCCAGAGUGGGACCGCUGUAAUAAUAACCCCAUCAUCAUGACCUCCAAUAACAUUUUGGGUCUUAAGUCAAUGGCCAUGUACUGGGUGAGAGUGAUUGCCACCAAUGACGGGGGAGAAGGGGAGCCCAGAGGCUUGGACAACUACAUCCUGGCUAUGCCCCCCCCAGUGAGACCACAUUUCACUGAUCGCAAAAUGAAGAGCUUCAUGGUUGUGAGAGCCGGGAAUUCUGCUCGAAUCAACAUCAACUUUGUGGCUUCUCCUAUGCCAAACAUAACGUGGCUAAAGGAUGGGAUGCCAGUAUCAAAACUUGUAACCAUUAGCAACUCCGAUAAUACAUCCCAGCUCCUAAUCCCCACAUCUGAGCGUCCUGACACAGGAAUCUACACCAUCAUCGUCAAGAACAUGGUUGGUCAGGAGACCUUCAGUAUCGAGAUCAGAGUCACAGAUGAUCCCAAGCCUCCUGGCCCAGCGGAGUUGGAACAGAAUGUUCCUGGAACAGUGACUGUGACCUGGACUCCCUCCCCAGAUGAGAAAAGGGACGACAGGCUGCACUACAUAGUGUCCAGACGCGACUCCGUCAAGCGAAUGUGGCAAACUGUAGCCGACCACCUCUUCAACAACAAGUUCACAGCCCUCAACAUCAUGGCUGGACGAGAGUACUACUUCCGUGUCUACGCCAAAAAUGACAUGGGUCUCUCUGAGCCUUCUGAGUCACCAACCUGGGGAGUGACCAAGAAAAAAGAUAAGUUCUCAAUGGCUUUCAGCUCAUUCAAGAGCCUCAACUUUGAGUCAGCGCCAUCGUUCUUAGUUCCACUGAAAACGCACAGCACCCCUGAGAGCUACGAGUGCUACAUGAGCUGUGCUGUCAGAGGGGACCCAACACCUCAUGUCACAUGGUACCGCAACAAUAUCAGCCUCAACACCAACACCAACUAUCUUAUCACCAACACCUGUGGGGUCUGCUCCAUGCUCAUACUGAGGGUUGGACCCAAGGACACUGGAGAGUACAAAGUCAUUGCAGACAAUGCCUUGGGCAGGGCAGAGUGCUCCACCAAACUCACAGUCAACGAGUGA